AUGUGUGUCGUCGUAUCACAUCAAGAUAUGUACAACUAUAAGGUCAUGGAGAUUAUUGAUGAUUUACCAGUUCAAAAUGAUUACGUCCAUUUAAGAGGUGUUCUUCAAUGGAAAUCAGACAUCUUAUCUCAUGAACGACGCGAUUUGAUAGUACAACUCGUUCAAACAAAUGAGAACAUUAUAAAUCGAUUUGUUAGAAUAUCUAAAGAACAAACUGAUAAUAAUGAAGUGCCUGAUGUUUUGAUCCAAAAGAAAUGUUUAAAGUUAUUAGCGGAGAAUCCAUAUAAUAACUUCACUGAUUUUAUUCAUUGUCAAAUGCCUUACACCUGUCUUGAAUACCUUGGCAUCGGUUUUGAUUAUGGCUAUGAAAUAGCGCAUAGGUUGUUACUUUUGUUAGCAGCUCGGUAUUGGCGUCAUUGCCUUAUUACUUCAAAUGACAAAGGAGUUAUAGACAAAUUAUGUGUGAUAAUGUACAAUGAACUUGAGUACAUGGCGAACCACGAAUUUGGACUACCAGACUUAUUUUUGGACCAUAUCACUCUAUGUAGCUUCGAAGGCCACGCUCAAUUUCUGCGACGGUCAUGGAUAGAAGAGCUUCUAGACUUUCAAACGAGAUUUGGCUGCUUUAACUUAACAAGGCCGAGUGCGAGUAGUACGUUAUUAGUAGCAAUAUUCCAAAAUAUUUCCGAUAAAGGGGAUAUAAUGGUAUGGCAAGAAUCAUGUAACGCACAUAUUACGGGGGUCGCUGGAGUAGUGUUAGCUACAGCAAUUGAGUUUAUUACCGAAAUUGCUGCUACAAGGCAGAGUACAUGUGUUGAGUGUGAUACCCAUAAUGAAUAG